CGUUUUUACUGGUAUCAUAGUCAUCUUAGGCGGUAUUCAAGGCUUUUCGAAUUCAAAUAAGACUUUUAGUUAUAAACUAAAUACAGAUUCAGUAUCAGCACAAAACACUGAGUCGAAUGAAGUGUAUUUCAAGUCAACAUGGCCACUUUCAUUUUUGCUCAUUUUUUCAAGUAUCGUCGUAGAGCUGCAAUUGUUGUAUACAGGUCAAAAAAUGAAAGUUGUCAAGUUGACUUGAAAUAUACUUCAUUCGACUCAGUGUUUUGUGCUGAUACUGAAUCUGUAUUUAGUUUAUGACUAAAAGUCUUAUUUGAAUUCGAAAAGCCUUGAAUACCGCCUAAGAUGACUAUGAUACCAGUAAAAACGAUUUUUCUCAAUACAGGAAAGAAAAGAAAAAGAAAGGAUAAGUAACUUUGUAACUGGCAGUAUGAUGAGUCGAAUGAGAUAAAAUAUUUGCCUUUAUCACUUACGUAGAUACAAAAUCGAUCUAUACGUGGUGCACUUGACGCUAUUCGAAGCACCACCACCAGUAGGGUUUUGGGUCUAGGGUCAUUUUAGCAACGUCUCGGUACUCAGCUUUUGAUGCUGAAUCUGAAAAAAUUAGUUUCAGAAGCUGGAAAAAAAUAAAGUAGAAAAUUUUGCACAUUUCGAAAAAGAUGUCUUUUGUCGAGAAACGACAUCUCUCGAGUAUUUCGUAUUUUUCGACCGGAAGGAAGCAUUUGCUAUGGCUAAAUAGUAGAUCAGCAGCUCACGCUCUAUCAAAUGGUGUAAAAAAGGCGAAAAAAACUUUUUAUUCGAAGUUUGAAUUGUCGGCACCUUACCUUUGAAGACGAUCUAUGUGAAAUAGCGUGUAAUGUGCUCGAUGCAUCGAAAAACAAUGUGGCCCUUGACGAGGGUACAUACCUUUUAAUAGUGUAUAAUGAUUUCAUUGAUUCUAUAAACUGAAUCAGAAGGUACGAUCGUCCAGUUCUGGUACAGUAUGGUUUUUCUUUUCCACCUCUGACUUAUAAAUUCUUAAAAUUAGAAAACUCUGUUUGUUUUAGAUUCAGCAUUUGCCCAUAUUUCUGCAAGUAAAGCAGAUGAAACGAAAAAAAAUACACUUGGGAAACGUUCUCAGGUAUUUCUGGAGACACUUUUAGUACAAUUAUAUGAAUUUUUCUCAGGAUCGUAAUAUACCGAAAUGUACAAUUUAGUUUUCGAGGAAUCUCGGAACGAUAACAGGCAGAGAGACGCGACAAAAGUAAACGAAUGAGCAAAGGCAUUUCUAAUAGAUCUUGAAGGUUUCAAGUUUUUGUCGGUUCAUGAUUAAUCUUAAUGGCGUUUCCUUGAGAAGACCUAAAACACAAAAGAAUACUAAACGUUCUAGAAAGCAUUGUCGAAAAGUGAAUUGUUCUUUUAGGCGAACUUGCCACUUAUAUGCCGAUCAGUGGCUCAUUUAACACAUAUGGAAGUCGUUUCAUAGAUCCAGCGUUUGGUUUCGCUCUUGGAUGGAACUAUUGGUUUAGCUGGGUUGUUACCAUUUCAGGAGAACUAGUAGCUGCCGGAAUUCUCGUUCAGUUUUGGCUACCUCAUGUAACAACGGUUAUUUGGUCGUUCAUCGGAAUGUUCAUCAUGUUUUUGCUCAAUGCAUUUUCAGUUAAAGGUUACGGUGAAGCUGAAUACUGGUUUGCUCUAAUUAAAGUGAUUGCCGUUGUGGUAUUUGUUGUUAUUGGAUGUGUAACGGAUGGCGGUGCUCUCGGUCAUCAUAAAUAUGCGUUCGAAAACUGGAACAGAAAGGAGGCUCCAUUCGUUAAUGGAGUGGCAGGGGUUAUUACGACAUUCAUCAUAUCUGGCUUUUCGUUUCAGGGAACCGAAGUUGUUGGGGUAACAGCAGGUGAAAGUAAAAAUCCUGCUAAAGAUGUCCCACGAGCAAUGCGACAAAUCAUUUGGCGCAUAAUAUUAUUUUAUAUAGCCUCAAUAUUCAUUAUGGGUCUCAUCAUACCGUACGAUGAUCCUGAUUUAGCGAAAAUAGAUGGUGUGAAAAAUAUAGCCGUAUCUCCUUUUACUUUAGUGUUCGUUCGAGCGGGUCUUGGACCUGCCGUUCAUGUGAUGAAUGCAGUUAUAUUAUGUACUGUACUUUCAGCUGGUAAUUCAGGAGUUUACGUUUGUUCCCGAGUACUAUGGGCACUUGCUCUAGAAAAUAAAGCGCCAAAAUUUUUACGUCGAAUAACUAAAAAUGGUAUCCCAAUAUACUGUCUAAUUGUAUCAUCGGGACUUGCAACAAUCUUUUUUUGCACUAUCUUUCAUUGGAAAUCAAAU